AUGAUGUGUAAAGUGGUUCUUCUAUUCGCCUUAUUGGCUUUGGGUCAAGCAGCGCCUGCCCCUAGCGACAUCUUGACGUACUCCGACGUCUAUCCAGGCGUAGAGACCUACGCCAGUUACUCGGACGUGGUCCAGGGAGCGCCAAUAAUUUCCCUGCCCAUCGUAGACACCGUUCCCGUGGUACAAUAUGGCUAUGAUCAAAUUUUGGUUUAG